AUGGCGUCUCCUGCACGACGCGUGCUUGGUGACAAAGAUCCCAACGCGCCCAUCCAGCAACAACCCUCCAAAGUGCCAAACAGAAUCUCACAGCUUGCCAGUCCUGUGCCACCACGCAGCUCUAUAAUGCGCCCUUUCUCCCCGGAGCACUCCCCGUCGAGUAGUCCUCGGACCGGUCAGAAACGGAAGAUCGAAGAAGUACACCGUGAAGAGCAGGCGCCGUCUCCAGACACAGUUGCCGCAUCCUUUCUGUCCCAAACGACCGAGUUGCUGAGCGACACCCGGUCAGAGGAUGGGGUAACUGUGCAAGCCUCGAUAGACCAGGGCAGGUCGACUUUGCCCACCUCUUCCACCACUCUGCGGGCCUCGCAAGAAGAUUCGUGUCAGAUCGAAAGCGAAUUCCUCAUACACGACGAGCCGAGCCAGCACGCUUUGGACAAGAUGCACGCCGUCACAUUCACCCAAACCACAUCUCAACUGGUCCCUCCGCUGCGGCCCAACCUGGCCAAGGAAGGAUCUCAAGUCAGCUUGAGCAUGUCCAGCCUGAUCGACUUUGACACCAACCGGUCUUCGCAAGACGACGACAUGGAAAUGAUUGAGGAUGGUGUGGUGGCCAAUGACCAGAAACCCCAGACGGAGGAGGACGCCAGGAAGCAGAUGAUGCUCGAGGUAGAUGCGACUGUCAUCCUUUCGUUGUUGCAUGCUCUAAUCCCGGCACAGAAAGCUGAAACCCUCCGGACUCGAUUACAGCUCGCCCUGUACAAGAUCCAAACCAAUCAGAUAACAAAGCCGUUCGCUCGUCUUCAAGUGCCCCGAGUCACAUCUUCUCCACCGCGGCUCUCUAUGCCAUCUUCACCUCCUCGAUCUUCGUCGACUGUACGGCAGAGCCCAGCACCGGAGAGUUCAGCCGCUCAAGAGGCCCGAGUCGCUCUGGCUCGUGCUCGCGCAACGAUGGAUCCGAAACCGACCGUCAAACAUCUCUCCAGCUUGCCCAUGCCAGAAAUCGUCCCGACAGCCUUCUCGGCGAGAUGGAACCAUGACGUCGACGCACAGCACGACAGUCAGCGUAGCCAGAUGCAACCGUCUAAUAUUCCCAGUAGCCCUCCCCUGUCGCAUGAAGAUUGUGCUUCCGAACCCUCGGUCGUGGGAUCACAUCCUCCAGAUACCAAGCCUAGCACGCCCUUGCAGCUAUCUAGCCCGGCGCCCAGUGCUCACAGAGAGGAUAUUGAAGGGAAUAUUGACACCCGACGCGACCAUCUCCGAGGUGUUGGUCUCUCCAGCAGCGUGAUCAAAGGAGAAGCUGCAAGUGGCCUGCUCGAGCUAGUCCGGGGCGUGAGGUCCGGAGGAGUCGGGAUGUGUGGAGUAUGA